UGACUGUUCCAUUCCUCUCAGCGGCGGCAGCAGCAGUUACAGUAUCGGCGCCGAUGAGAGAGAGAGAGAGCAGGAGAGAGAGAGAGAGAGAGGGAGAGAGAGAGAGAGAGAGAGAGAGGAGCUCGACACGGACUCCGCCUUCCCGUCGUCCAUCGCCGAACCCCAGUCAGGUGGAAGGGACAUCACGGUUCAUCCUGCUAAUGCCGGAGUCCCGCUGUUUGCGUCGUCUCCUCUCCUAAAGAUGGGUUUCCCGUAACUGGAGGUGGAGGGGAGGAGAGGCGGGGGUGGGGGAAGCGAGAUAUGAAAGGAGGAAGAAAAAAAGACGACCAGACACAUAAGCACAAUCGUGGGUGCCCGCAACCAUGAGAGGUUUGCACUAUUCCCAGGAAGCGCUGCUACAUCCGUGGACCAUGUCGUGAGGUGUGGCUGCCGACGCUUCGGAUACUGCCAGUAGACACGCCGAGGAGGGCGAACGAAAAUGUCGGCCUCAGUGGGGCCCCAGGGCGGUCCUCGCCCACCCACCGUGCCCGCAACAUCCAUGCCGGAUAUGCCGGACCUAAGUCACCUCACGGAGGAGGAGAGGACAAUCAUCAUGGCAGUGAUGGUUCGGCAAAAGGAGGAAGAGGACAAGGAACAAGCCAUUUUAAAGACACUGCACCAGCAGUUCGAGAGCUACAAGGAGCAGGUCGCGCGCAUCGGGGCCGACACCCAGCGCCGACGGCAACAGCAGCAGCAGCAGCAGCAGCAGGUGGCUCUGGUGACGCCUGCCGCCCCCACCACCACCACCACCACCACCACGGGUGCCAAGGACGACGCGCCCACCUGCGGGAUCUGCCGCAAGACCAAGUUCGCUGACGGCUGCGGGCACCUCUGCUCCUACUGUCGCACCAAGUUCUGCGCCCGUUGCGGAGGGCGUGUGUCGCUACGCUCCAACAAUGAGGAUAAAGUGUGUCUCAUAGGGAAGGACAGGGUAAUGUGGGUAUGUAACCUGUGCCGGAAGGAACAGGAGAUCCUCAUCAAGUCGGGAGAAUGGUUUUCUGGGCCGGAUGGUCGGCCGGUGAGCGGGGGGUCGGCCGUCUCCGCUGAGGGGGUACCGCCGACGUUGCGGGACAAGCGGCUCCAGCGUACGCGCUCGCUGGCCCCGCCUUCCACCGACGCCCAGCAACCGGCCGGCGUCACCGUGGAUCGCACGCGGGGAGCCGAUACAAUGCCCGCCUCGCGCUCGAGAAGCGAACCGCCACGAGACAAGAAGCGACCGCUGUCCCUCCAUGAGCAGAAUGGAAAAGUGAUUGGGCGAGGUGAGCGGAGGCGGGACCCAGGAAAGCAGUCCUCCGAGGAGCGUCCUCCAGGGGAGAGGCGGCGCCUGGAGAAGGGGCGGAGCCAGGAGGAGGAGCCUGGCGAGGGAGAGAGGGAGGGGCCCAGACAGCCGCCGCCCGCGUCGUCGGAUCCUCGGAGACGCUCCCAGGACGAGGAGGCUGAGCGCCAGAGGCAACGGGAGGAGGAGUUCCAGACGCGUUACCGUAGCGACCCCAACCUGGCGCGCUACCCAGUCAAGCCGCAGAAGGAGGAGCAGGAGAUGCGCAUGCACGCCAAGGUGUCCAAGGUGCGGCACGAGCGCCACCACAGUGAAAUGGCCCUCAACGAGGUGGGCCAGGGCCGCAAGGGGCCCGGGGGCCGCCUGGGGCCCGGGCGGGGCCAUGUCGUGGACGAGCGGCAGGCGCUGAUGGAGAACCAUCGGGCGUACUCGGUGGAUAGGACCGCAGGGGGAGGGGGUAGUGGUGGUGGUGGUGGUGGGGGAGGAGGUCACGGGAGCCAGGGCUCCCUGCACAAGCCGGGCCACGGCGGGCCACCACCGCCACGGACGGGGCCUCUGCCCCCAGAGCUCAGGGACUCGCAGGAAUGGGGGCCCAAGGGGGCCCGUCUGGAGCCGGCGGCGCACAAAGGCCGGUGGGAGAAGGUGGAGCAAGGGGCCCCUGGGGAGGGGCUCCUGAGGAUCGACUCGCUCAGCUCCGACCAAUCGGAGUCCCUGCGUCCGCCCCCGCCACGCCCGUACAAGGGCAGGCGGGGCGGGGGCAACAAGCGACAGAUGUCUAUCAGCAGCUCAGAGGAGGAGGGCGGCUCCACGCCCGAGUACACCAGCUGCGAGGAUGUGGAGAUGGAGAGCAUCAGCGAAAGAGGCGACUGGGACUGCCACCCGAUGGACCCAGCUGUAUGGCAUCAUCCGGUUACCUGGCAGCCGUCCAAAGAGGGAGAUCAUUUAAUCGGCCGCAUCACCCUGAGCAAGCGCUCGGCCAUGCCCAGAGAAGCUGGCUCCCUCCUGGGGCUGAAGGUGGUCGGUGGGAAGAUGACAGAGACAGGGCGGCUAGGGGCCUUCAUCACCAAAGUCAAGAAAGGAAGCCUGGCUGACAUCGUAGGACACUUACGUGCAGGUGACGAGGUGCUGCAGUGGAAUGGAAAGGCGUUGCCCGGAGCAACCAAGAAAGAAGUGUACAACAUUAUCUUAGAGUCUAAAAACGCACCUCAAGUUGAAAUAGUUGUUUCAAGGCCCAUUGGAUGUAUCCAUCGAAUCCUUCCCAAUAACUGCUUGAAAAAGGUCCAUAGAGUCUACCAAGAUACACCCAGGAUUCCAGAAUCAACACACCCACCUUUGGACUCAACGGGCUCGAGUUCCUUUGAGUCCCAGAAGAUGGAGAGGCCCUCGAUAUCCGUCAUGUCCCCAACCAGUCCAGGGAUUCUGAGGGACCUGGUCGUUCCUGGGCAACUCUCAUUCGUGAAGGUGAAACUGUGGUACGAUAAAGUCGGCCACCAGCUGAUAGUCAACGUCCUACAAGCCAUAGACCUGCCACCUCGACCCGACGGCCGACCCAGGAACCCUUACGUCAAAAUGUACUUCCUGCCCGACCGCAGUGACAAGAGUAAACGGCGGACGAAGACGGUGAAGAAGUGCGUGGAGCCCAAGUGGAACCAGACCUUCCUGUACCCUCACGUUCACCGGCGCGACUUCAGGGAGCGCAUGCUGGAGAUCACCGUCUGGGACCAACCCCGCGUGCAGGAGGAGGAGAGCGACUUCCUGGGAGAGAUUCUAAUUGAGCUGGAGACGGCCCUGUUGGAUGACCAGCCUCACUGGUACAAGCUGCAGAGCCACGACAUGUCCUCCAUGCCUCUGCCUCAACCCUCACCCUACAUGCCCCGCAGACAGACACACAGCGAGAAGAAGCUUCAGAGAUCUCAUCGCAUCAUUGAGACAGAUUAUGAUGCUGGUAUUACGGUAGUGUCCACAGCAGCGGAGCGCAACUCCAGAGACAGGGAGAGGCCAGGUACUCUGUCGGUGCCUGAACAGGAGAGGGCGGUCCAGCACCGCUCCCGCUCCGUCUCCCCUCACCGCGAGGGCCAAUGCAGAGCCCGCUCACGGCCCACACACGUGCCCAUGCAGAGGAGUUUGGAUGAGAUCCAUCAGAACCGGCAUCAUUCCUGUUCACCGUCCCACUACCACGACUCCCACCAGGGACACCGGUCUGGAGACUCAGACUAUGAAUAUUCAGAGGACAGUGAGGUCCUCGAGAUGCACAGAUCAAUCCGGGGUGGGAGUGCCGAAUGCCUUCAUACUAACAGGAACUUAGCUAGGCACUGUAACACACUUCCACCCAAGAUGCCCCUCUUAGUGAAUGGCAUUCAUAAGGACAUAUACAGCUCCACCCUUCCUGCAUGCCUAAAAAGCAAGUCGGCACGGCGACAGGAGGGGGGGGUGGUCUCCCCCCGCAGUGCCGUACCCCAGCGCGUUCUCAGAUUCACUGAUGAGGUCAGCGUUAGUGAUCUCCAGCCAUCUCUGGACAGGAUCAGGAGUGCCAGUACAACCUGUCUGAGGCCUGACACGGGAUUCCACUCACCCGAGCGAGAAAGGGCACAUGGGGGUCAUUCCCCCACGUCAGGGGCUCCCAGGGGCCGGGGCAGGCAGUUACCCCAGCUCCCGGCCAAGAGCAGCAGCAUAGAGCAAGACCCUGUUAAUUGUAAACCAGAGGGAAAUGCAGCUCUGGCGGUGGAGGAGAGAGCACGGCAGCUGCAGAUGAAGGUUCACUCCUUCAGGCCGUCCAGCUCAGGACCACAGCAGGAGACAGAGCUCAAGGCCAAGAGAGAGAUGUGGAGGCAGCAGCGUGGCGGGAGUGAUAACGUGUCGGGCCGCUCCUCGGACAGCGAGCUGAGCGACGCGUCGGCCAUCUCCCACGCCAGCAGUGCCUCUCGCCUCAGCAGCGCCAGCUACAUGUCUGUCCAGUCCGAGAGACCUCGCGGCGGACGCAUGAGGCAGGUGCGUGGCUCGGGCAGCCAGAACAUGAUGAAGAGCACGAGCGUGAGCGGCGAGAUCUACACGCCCGAGCGCACCGACGGCAGCCAGUCGGACACGGCGCUGGGCACGGUGGGCGGGUCCGGCAAGAAGCGGCGCUCCAGCCUGAGCGCGCGGGUCGUGUCCAUCGUGGGGAACCGACGCAGCCGCAGCACCUCCCAGAUCAGCGCGACGGAUAAGAAGUCGAAGGGGGUGCCCAUCCAACGCAGCCAGGAGACGGGCAUGGCCGUGGAGCUCCCGCGCAACAUGAGCCGACAGCCCAGCCGCGAGUCCACCAAUGGCAGCAUGGCCAGCUGCAACUCCGAGGGCAACCUGAUCUUCUCCGGUGUGCGUCUGGGAGCGGACAGUCAGUUCAGUGACUUCCUGGAUGGGCUGGGUCCGGCGCAGCUCGUUGGUCGGCAGACUCUGGCUACACCUGCGAUAGGAGACAUUCAGAUCGGCAUGACGGACAAGAAGGGGCAGUUGGAGGUGGAAGUGAUCCGGGCCCGUGGCCUCAUACAGAAACCAGGGUCCAAAUCUCUCCCUGCUCCCUAUGUCAAGGUCUACCUUCUCGACAAUGGAGCCUACGUAGCCAAAAAGAAAACCAAGAUUGCACGCAAAACGCUCGACCCACUUUACCAGCAAGCGCUGCUAUUCGAGGAGAGCCCAAAGGGUAAAGUAUUACAAGUCAUAGUCUGGGGAGACUAUGGGCGGAUGGACCACAAAUCCUUCAUGGGCGUCGCACAAAUCCUACUGGAGGAGCUUGACCUCUCGAGCACAGUGAUUGACUGGUACAAAUUGUUCCCGCCCUCCUCGCUAGUGGACCCCACGCUGGCGUCUAUGACCCGCCGGGCGUCACAAACGUCCCUGGACAGCUCGUCCACACCUGCAGGGGGUCGGUUGUAGUGGACUAAUACCCCCACCCCCACCCCCCCACCCCUUCUCUCCUUUCUCCCGAACCUCACUAUGCCGGAAGUGACCAGGAAGUGAACGCUGAAGCGGCGGAAGCAGGGACAACCAAUCAGAGGCAGAUGGAGAGAAGAAGAAAAAAUGCGAUGAAAAAAAAAGAACACAAUGAAAAAAAAAAAGCUUAAAAUUUGACAAUCACUCCUCUCCUGUUGGUUUUGCUAUUUUACUUUCUGUCUUUAGGUAACUUCUGCUUGUCUCACAUCUGGGUUUUUUUUUAUUUGUAGUUCACUACUGUAAAUUUGUUUUAUUUAUUUUUUUAAAGAAAAAAUACAAUAAUCAUCAAUGGAUUUUACAUUUCCAUUCUUUAAGGCAUAGUCAGUAUCGCAAGGAACGCUGCUUUUAGUGAUGAGGAGACACUAGUCCACCUUUCAUUCAGCACAGUUUGUGAGAGGAAAGGACUAAUCCUUUUGAUUUUUUCAGUGAAAUCAACAACAAAGAAAUGUAUGUCUAGUCUACACAAAGCAUCAGAAUGUAUCAACCCAAACCAGAGACGACCCCGCCAACUUCUCAUCCCAGCCUGAUACCCCCCCCCCCC